AUGCUCGUUUCUCCAUCCAGUGUUUGCGGAAGGCACCCCUUGGUGCUGAGACAUGGGCGAAGUGAGCAAGUGGUGGGCGGAGCCGAUUCCCAGCCUGGGGCAUGGCCUUGGGUCGUCAGCCUGCAGCUCCCCACGAUAACAGGACACAAGCACAGCUGUGGAGGCUCCCUCGUUUCUGGCCGGUGGAUUCUAACUGCGGCCCACUGCUUCCAAAACAAAAGGGACCUUCCGCACUGGCGUGCGGUGAUUGGCGCAUGGAAGCUUUCUUCACUCAGUUCCGAGGUCCACGUGCGCUACAUCAAGCGGAUCAUCAUCCACGAGGACUACCAGAGGAGCACUGAGACCAGUGACAUCGCUCUGAUGGAGCUGGACCAGCCGGUGAAAUGCAGCGACUACAUCCAGCCGGCUUGCUUGCCUGACAUGACCGUCACCGUCUCUCUCCUGAGCCACUGCUACAUCAGUGGCUGGGGCAUCCUCGGGAAAGCUGGUGAGAAGCCCUCCUCUGUGACCGACGUCAUGCACGAAGUGAGGGUCAACCGCUUCUCAGUGGCUCAGUGCAACAGCAGCGGCUGGUACAACGGGGCCAUCGAGGAACACACCCUCUGUGCAGGUUAUGAGGAAGGAGGAGCUGAUAUCUGCCAGGGAGACAGCGGCGGCCCCCUCAUGUGCCAGGAAGAUGGCUCUCAACCCUUCUGGAUCAUUGGCAUCACAAGCUGGGGGCAGGGCUGUGGGAAAGUGCACAAGCCGGGUGUCUACACUGACACACAACACUUCUACCCAUGGAUAAAGCAGCUGGCGGGCCCAAUGCCCCAGCCCCCUCCCACGCCCAUGCCCAUGCCCACAACCUUCAUCUUCUCCUCCAACUCACACAACGUCUCAGGUCCUGUCAUCUUUGUCUUCCUCUCCUGCCAAAGUGCUACCUGCAUCCACAGUUCAACCUGA